AUGCGUCCGACACGAUUGAAAUUCAAAGACUUAAAGUCCAGAAACAUUCUCUGUGCUGUAACACGCGUCGCCCGGAAGCUCGAGAAGAGACACCAGCCCAGUGAGCUUGAAGCCAUGCUCCCUGCCAAAGUUCAGCCCGAGCCUUCUCCGUGGGCUUCUAGUUUACCGACCGACGACUCUGUCCCUGAAGAGGAGGCCAGCAACCUCUCCGAGUCCCUGUGGCUGCAGGGCACAUACAGCCUCGACAGCAUCCGAAUCCAGGCCUUCGUGACCCAGCUCUACGGAUCAGCCAGGACCUGUCGCUCGUCCUACGUCCAGACAGAUAAGGACUAUGAGAUGGAGAACCAAGAGUUCUUCAAGGCCGUUUCGGAUGAUAUUCGGGCCAAGGGCAUCGUCGGUGGCGGUCUCGGCCAGGCUUCACACAAGAUCGAGGUGUCGCCCAAGACCUGUAAGGCGCUACGCGAGCUCUUCAUCAGAGGCCGCAAGGCGUAUCUCCGCGAUCUGGUCGAGAGUGAAAAGAUGAAGGAAGGUGCCUACAUCAAGAAGAUGAAGGAGCUUAUCGGAGCUGUUGGUUACUGGAUGAGAUUCUUCGAGCAAGAUGAUGAGGCCCGCCGGGGUGUUACGGAUGACAAUGAGAUGUUCACGGUCUCCAAUGAGGUUGCUCUCUAA